AUGCCUCCUUUUGCGGAUUCUCUUGACAAGGACGAGUACGUACCCAUGGCCGGGAAUCCGCCCUCGGAAUCGUUGGCAAGCAACCAAGAGGCAGCGUCUCUCUACCAUGAGGACAUUAUUCCCGAAUCGACUAGGGAUGAUCUUCUCUCCGUCAUGCCUGGUAGCAGCUUCCCUGCGGAUGCGUUCUGCAAAACAGCUGAGACUAUCUUCAUAGACCCUUCCCAUGAGUCUAUUGUUCCAAGAGACCUUAUUACGUCAUACUUCGAAGCAGAGUGUGAUGUUUCCAAACUGGAGAUAUUGGAAGACAUCAUGAAUUUCUUCCAAGAUCCAUCACCUGGGAAAAGACGGGAAACUUUCAUCGUUUCACCAUUCAACGACAGGAUCAACUUCCUCGUGAGAUAUAGUGCCCAUUCUCAUGAGCGGAGCUUGACGAUCCUCGGAACAUCCGACGUGAUAAGAAACGUGCCGGCAUGGCUGGUACAACUCAUUGAUACCAUAUUCUGUAUCAUGCGUCUUCGGGUGCCCAGCUUUGAGCCUAAGGUGUUCAGCUGGUUCUUGGAUCAGCAACGCCUUGGGCUCACGCUGAUUGCUCAACUGGGGCGAUUUGUCCACCUCGGCACAGACCCAUCAGAUAUUCAAUCUCUCUCGAUGUUUCCCGCAAUAGAAGACAUUCGCAACGACGGUUUCUGGGAUUUUGCGGGUGCGGGGUCCAGGAGCCAGCUUCACGGUGGUCGCCUUGGCUUUGUGGGCUGCUCCGAGUCCAUGGGGGAGGGCGAUUUAGCAGACGAUGAGAGUCAAGGGGCCCAGGCUCAGCCUCGUUCCCGCGCUCGUUCUCGCUCGCCACCUUUCCUUCGUCGGAGCAGCCGCCUCAAGCGGAGAAGGGUUGAUUAUUCUGAAGGGUCCGAUAUCGACAUAGACUUGCGAGCCAAGAGCAGCAGUCACGAAGAUAAGGACGGCCUUUACAGCGAUAUUGAGCAGGAAUCUGACCAGAGUUACGGUGCACAAACUGAUACUGCCGAAUUCUCUUCACAAGAAGACAGCGUUCCGGAUGCCUAUGCGAAGGCACCUGUGAAGGCCAAGGCCACACCCGUCAUACCCACGUUUACCGAAGCCGACCUGAUUUUCCCAUUGACUCAGCCUGACGACUUGAAACUAGCGGUCCUCUUUGCCGCUUCAAUCCAGGUAACACAACUGCAAACGUUGGUGUACUACAGCUGUAAGGAAGCCAGUUAUUGCUUGGCAACCGCUGUGAUUGACUGGGUCUCGGUCUCCAUAGUGGCAGAGGGGCUCGCUCCCAGCGACCUCAAGGGUCUAUAUGCUCCUGAAGUCUGCAGCCAGUUGUAUGAGUCUGAUGAACAUGCUGAGUUCAGGCGCAAGGCUCUGCUGGGACCAAACUGGGAGAGGCUCAGAGGUAUAUCCUCUUUCGAAGGCAUGCAACCACAGGAAGGGGACCUUUUUGGCCUUAAUGAUGUGGAUUCAGGUACCUGCGGCAGAUGCCGAGCUUUCAUACACAGACUCGCCGAACACGAACCGUCGUGUGUUGGGCGCUGCCUCGCGUGCGUCAAGUCCAAUAGUCCUUGCGUGCGCCCGGUGGGAAAGAAGACUUGCGUCACUUGUCCUACACCCCAAAAAUGCAGAGACCCAUCGCACGAAUACAGAGCAAAUCCAAAGGGGUCGGAACAAUGUUAUAUGUGCCUGCAGUUUGUGGGAAACAUCUAUUCUCACGUCCGAGAGUGUCGUGGUCGAUGCCAGAACUGCAUUGCAAGAAAGGUGCCUUGCACGCGAGGAAACUUUGCAGGAAACCACAAAUGCAAGGACUGCAACGCCGAAGAUCAAGAUUGUGGUAACUUUUCGCAUGACAGGAGAGGGACCUGCAAGAAAUGUAAGGCUCCAGUGCACGACAUGAGAACUCACAGGCCAUACUGCCAGGGCCAAUGCGGAGCAUGCAAGGAGGCGUGGAUUCCCUGCGUUAGUUCUAGGUUCGCUAAGAUUUGCGAAGAGUGUAAUCGCCUCGGAAAGGGACCUUGCAAAGACUACUCGCACCCGAUAGUGCGUCGCAAACCACAAAACCUGCGAGCGCGGAAAAGGAAAUAG